UUAUGUUAUCUAAUUUAUGAUUAGCUGGCUGUAGCAGACGACAGAUGAAUUAUCCAAUAAAUUUACACAAAAAAAUGAAUCCCUCGGUUCAUAACAAAGAUUUUGAUAGGCGAAAAGUACACAAUUUUCGUCAUGUGACCCAAUUUGUUCGAAUUUCCCGGGAAAUGUUAUGGAAUGUCAUCACCAAUGUAAACAACAUGGCGGCGAGUGCAUUGACUGUGAAUGCUGAUACUGAAUCAGACGAUGAAGAAGGGGCUGAGACCCAAGAAUUAGACAACAAUAUCGGUGGAUCCGAUCUGGAAUUGUCUGAGCUGGACUCUGAGAGUGAUGAUGACAUUCCACUCGCCGAUAUCAUCCCGCUAGCGGGCCUCGUAGACCGCGGAGGUGGAGAUGCUGGACACGCCCACAACGAUCGCCGCUGGACAGCUGAUCUGAAACCUAUACGUGUGAAGGAUUUCGAGGAUAUAGCUGGCCCUACUACCGCACUGGAUGCUGAGAAGAAAGAGCUGGAUUUCUUUCACCUGAUUUUCCCUGAAUCCUUGUACGACAAGCUAGCCCAGCAGACCAACACCUAUGCUGCUAAGCGGAUCCGGGAAAAGGCAGACAGCUCUUGGCAGGCAACUUCGCCCACCGAGAUCAAGACCUUCUUGGGGAUUGUGAUUUUUAUGUCACUGCUGGACCUGCCAACUGCAAAGAUGUACUGGUCAUCUGAUUGGAUGUUUCAAACAUCUUUGCCUACCAUAAUGACCAGACUCAGAUUUGAGAAACUCGCACAGUAUUUUCAUCUGAAUGACUCCACGACAAAUCCCCCAAAAGGCAGCGACGGUCACGACAAGCUCCAUCAUGUCAGGCCAGUCUUAGAUACCAUCCAAGGCACUAUAGCAUCCCAGUACACGUUACACCAGGACUGUGCUAUAGAUGAGGCUAUGAUUGCAUACAAGGGGAGGCUUAGUUUUAAGCAGUAUAUGCCAGCCAAGCCGGUUAAGUUUGGGAUCAAGGUGUGGGAGCGGGCAGAUUCCACCAAUGGCUAUGUCGACAAACUCCAGAUUUACACCGGAAGAGCAGGAAAUGAACAAGGCAAGAGAGAAGUUGGACUUGCUGCUCGAGUUGUGACCGACCUGACCAGAGACAUUGUUGGUAGCAGUCGCCACGUAUAUGUUGACAAUUUCUUCUCCAGUCCCCAGCUGUUUUCUGACUUGCUAAAGGAUGGUCUCUAUGCAUGUGGAACAUGUCGAAUCAAUAGAAAGGGGUUCCCGUCUGGUAUCAGUAAGGAGAAUGUUAAAAAAAGGGAGACUUCACAAUGCUGCAAUCAGGAAACCUGGUGGCCAGUGUCUGGUUUGACAACAAGCCAGUGACAUUUCUGUCGACAAAUGCAGACCCUACUACACUACAUGAGGUGCGUCGCAAAAAUAAAGAUGGUAGUGAGAGAGUUCAACUGGCCCCUUCUGUUGUGAAAAUGUACGGCGACAAUAUGAAUGCUGUGGAUAGAGCUGAUCAACUCCGUAUGCAGUACACCUGUGCCAGAAAGUGCUACAAAUGGUGGAAGUAUGUUUUCUUCUUCUUGCUUGAUACAGCCCUUGUGAAUUCUUUCAUUCUUAUGAAGGAGUCUCCAAGUCACCAGAGGAAAACCAGAACUGGCAGAGUGAAGCAUCUUACCCAGCUGGAAUUCAGAGAAAGGCUAUGUAAACAGUUAAUUGGUGAUACACGUUCUGUCAGAAAACGACGACAGGAUAUUAUAAUAACCGAGCAAGCAAUUAUAUACCACUUGAACCAGAAGUUAGGCCAAUUUUCAUUGUUAAAUGUACUUUGAGGUCAAUAAGUAUAAGGGUUUAUAUCAUCACAUGUAUACAGAGUCAUUUUCAAUUUUAUAAAGUUAACUCUAGAUUUAAGUAUUUUUUUAGAGAAUUUUUUCUCCGAAAAAUCAUAUUAAAAUAGAGUUUUGCAACAUAUUAAAAUAAUUAAACGGAGCGACAAGAUUUUUCUUAAUUAAAAUUUUAAUUGAUUUAGAAAAAUUGUGCAGAUUAGAUUUAAAGCCAUAUUGCUACAUUCCUGUGAUAAGGUGCACACAAUAAUCCGGUUCAUUUUUGAAUAUUUGCAUUGUUUAUUUGUUAUGUUAUUCUUGGAUUGUUUAUUUGUGGUAUUCAUCAAAUGAUACAAAAACAUGUUGAAUA